UCAGGCCUCUCAAAUUCCGUCGGUUGUCUGGAGAACGCAGGACGGAAAGCGACUGCUGACGGCGCGGCCGUGGCUCUUGUGAGGGACGCGGGGGCCAUCCCGCUCCUCGUGUCCAACACUCCGGAGCUGUGUCUCGGCUGGGAGACCACGAACCUACUAACAGGCACCACUAAUAACCCGUAUUGGCUCAGCAAGACUCCGGGCGGAUCUUCUGGUGGCGAGGCCGCAUUACUAGCUAGCGCGGCGUCUCCUUUCAGUGUCUCUUCCGACAUCGCGGGAUCCAUUCGCGUUCCCGCCGCGUUCUGCGGCGUCUAUGGACACAAACCUACUCCAGGUAUCAUCCCUAUAGAGGGUCACAUUCCGACUCUAAGCGAUGAGCAGUUUCCGAAGUUCCUGACGGUGGGCCCCAUGGCGAGGAAGGCUGAAGACCUUCCCUUGUUGUUGAACGUGAUGGCGGGCGAGAACCGCCACGUUCUGAACCUCGACGAACCCGUCAACAUCGAAGACAUUGAGGUGUUCUACAUGACGGAAGCCAUGGACUCCAUAGCCCUGAUCAAAGUUGACAAGUGUAUCCAAGACGCCCUGCUGGAGGCCGUUAAAUACCUGAGUCGAUGUGGAGCCACCGUCAGCGAGGAAAAAUUCAAAGGCUUAGAAGAUUCAGUCGAAAUAUCGAUAUCCGUGUUUUUCUCGAUGAAGGACAUCCCUAAUAUGCUGCAGGAUCCGGCCGAUCCGAAGCGUGAAAAAAAUUUGUUUUUAGAAAUACUUAAGUGUCCCAUCGGCGGAGCGUCGCGAUCGUUACAAGGCCUCAGCUUCGCCUUGAUAGAGAAGACGCGGCUCUUCAUACCGAAGUCGAAAACGGACUUCUACAAAGACAAGGCGGACAAACUCCGGACCGAGAUCACGCGGCGGCUGGGCGCGCGCGGCGUGCUGCUGUACCCGGCGCACGGCGGCGCGGCGCACGCGCACGGCGGCGUGUUCCCGCGCGCGUCGGGCGUGCUCUACACCAUGCCCUUCAACAUCCUCGGCCUGCCCGCCGCCGUGGCGCCGCUCGCCCUCCGCCGCGACCUCCGCCGCGCCCUACCCGUCUGCCUGCAGAUAAUUGCAGCACCGAACCAAGAUAGGCUGUGUCUCGCCGUCGCCAAACAACUGGAGAUGGGCUUCGGUGGCUGGCGGCCGCCGCAGUGAACACGCAACUCUCUAUGUAUUCCGUACAGAUGAACGGAAAAAUAAAAAUAAAAACAUAUUUUUUUAUUUCAAUUGAUCGAUUCCUGUGUGCUUAGUGCGAGUUUUUUAACGUUCUCGAUA